AUGGAAGGUCAAGGUCAAUGUGAACUUCAUCAGAAAAAGAAGGCCAGAACGAGGAUAGGCACUGAUGUUGCCUGUCAGACAGAUCAAUCCAGCAGUGCAGGAUGCCAGCAUCAGAAUCCCUCUCAGCCCUCAUCAAACGCAACGUCACAACAGGCCGCUGGUGGUGGUGCAAACAACCCCGAUACCCCGUCAUCAGCGUCUGCAUCAGCAUCAGGAACGUCCACACCGCCGACACAAGCAGCUUCAUCAUCACCCGCGCCAUCAACAAAUCAAACAGUGCCUCCUGCUGAGAAAAAGUUAUCCGGUCCUGCUGGUGUGAAGCCAAACGAAAUUGAAGCCUAUUUUGGAGAAAAGAAAACCGCAAUGCUCAAUAAUUCUACUACGACAAAUACCCAGACUCCACCUCAACAGCCUACUACACAACAGUCAAAAACACGAGCUGCUUCAACGACAGGUGCUGCCGGGGAACCGAAGAAACAGAACGCUAACACUGCUGCCAAUGCCUCUUCGUCUAACGCAGCUUCAAACGGAAACGCUAAAGGAGAUGGGCCAUCGUGGACCGACGAUAACUGCAAACUACGACUUGUCAUCAACCAGUUCUCACAGCUGGAAGAGACGAUGUGUUCCAAGCCGAAAUCGAUAGAAGGAGUCUCAUGGAAGAUUAUGGUGAUGCCAAAACAGCAUAUGGUACAGAAAAAGCAGCAAAAGUGUAUGGGAUUCUUCCUACAGUGUGCUCCGGAAAGAGCCUAUUCUGACCAAUGGAGUGUUCACGCAGUUGCUGAUAUGCGCAUGAUUUCAUACAAGCCGAAUGUCCCUCACUUUGCCCGACGAACGACACACACGUAUACUUCGAAGGAAAACGAUUGGGGAUACUCGUGUUUUAUGACAUGGGCGGACAUAAUUGAUGAAGGUCAAGGGUAUAUACGCGAUGACACUGUUGUUUUGGAAAUCGCUGUCAAGGCAGAAGCACCAAAGAACAUGAUGACACACGAAGACUUUCUGGAUAAGAUUGAAAAGUGGAUUGUGCUGGCUGAUAUGCAGAUGAAGAAGGGUAAUAUCGACCUGGCUCUCGAAGCUAAUCAAAGUGCUAUGAAAUUCUGCAAGGGAAAGGAUGACGUUUGUUAUGCUCGUCUUGAAACCCAGCGGGAAACUUUCGUGAAUGCGAAGCUCUUUGAGAGUAUCGAGCGUAUAGAGAAGGGACCAGUCGCUGCUCCAGAAACUACAAAUGGAAAGCCGACGUCUCUACGGCAAGCGUUGACUGGCGCCCAGAAAUCGUUGAAUGGAAAGAUGACGGCAAAGGGUGGCAAGAAGACGCGAGCAGUAGUGACAGUGCAACACAUGAAGAAGAAGAAGCCAUAUGAUCAGUAUAGCUAUUGUGCUGUUGAUGUUCAGCAUUUUAAAUUUUCAGACUUGGUCGAAAAGAGAAAGAGCAACAAGUCUGACGACGCUUCCAAGAAGGAUGCCAACAGAUCCAAGGAAGAGGCCGAGGCUGAGGAGCAAACUGACUCCGAAGAGUCUCAAGAAGAGAAGACAGGUAUUAGUGACGAGGACGAGGAAGCUGAGUUCGACGAUGAGUAUGAAGAGAAUGAGUAUGAAGAAGGAGGAGAUUACAAAAAUCAAAGUGACGAUUGCAGUACUCUCGAGUUGUUCGAGGACCAUGACAACAUCGACGACGACGUGGACGAUGAUCAGCACUGGGAGGAGGACGGUGACGACCGUGACGGUGACAGCGACGACAUCCAUCUCUGCGACCGCAUGGUUCAAACCGAGGAUUAUGAAGAGGUACUGAGUUUGAUUUUAGAAGAGUUUCCUGUCAAUAGACGAGCAUCCUUGAAAAAUGAGGAGCGGAUGAUCACGGAAAGUGUUAUUCGUCAGUUCCAGGACCAAGACACCACCAAGGCGACAGUCUUCACCGACUCGUACUACACCCGAACCGGAAUCAAUGCCAAUCCAGAGGAUGCCGUUGAGACAGUGUUUGGUGGAGAAGGCGGAGAAGAACAAGACUCAUUCACAAACGACGUGCUCGAGAGUUUGCCAGUUGUGAAUGGUGAAGAGGCAGCUGCUGAUGGAACUGUUCUGGAUGGACAAGCUCCGGUCACUCAAUUGGACAAAAUGCUCAAGAGCUGGUUGGACCUCGAAGGCGCUCUCAGCGGCAAUGUUGACCCUGAUGGUGUUUUGGCUCGGCUCAGCGAGGAAGACCGUCAAGAUUUGUUAGAUGAAUUGAACUACAAAAUCAACCCAUUGAUAGUUGCAUUGGACCAUGAGUUCCGAGAAACUGUCAGUUGUGCCAACACUUGUUACGAGAAUGCCCGUAUGGCUUACUGCGCAUCUCAGAAGGUCGCCGCUGAUUUCGAGAACAUCAAGGAAUCAUUUUCGUCGAAUAUCAAGACAGGAUUCCCAGCCAUUCCGGCAGAUGCCAAGAAACAAACAGAAACAACCACCAAGAAAACAACCAGUGCUGCUGCAACUUCAGGAUCAAGUGCCAAGUCGGUCAUCAACGGACGCCCAACAGUUAUUGCUAAGCGUUCGAUGAAGCAAGUCGUUCCGAACGACGCAACCGGUGAAACUAACCGUGGCCUUGUCAGCGACUUCAUGCGCGUCCCAGAAAACCCAAAUCCAAUUGGGUCAGGAGAGGAUAACACUGUUCGUAUGCGUGAUGCUCUUGAAAAUUUCAAGGAUCUUCAUAAAAGAUUGCAACCAAUGAUGGCGCAAAUCGCUUCUAACAGCGAACGAGUUCACCGUUUCAUUGUUCAAUUCUGCGGUGAGCAUGGAGAUGUAGCAGCGAGGAUCAAUGAGUUGCUUGCUGAAAAGACCAAACUAGAGAAUGAAUCGAGCGAAGAAUUGAAAGCAACCCGCGAGGCUCUUUCUAUAUCUUUCGAGGAACGAAAGGUCAAUGAUAGAAAGGUGGCUGAGCAAGCUGUCAAACUUGCUGAGGAACAGGAGAAGAAUGCAAAGGCAUUGAAGGAAAAUAAAGACCUGAAAGUAGCAUUGAAGAAGGCUGAAAGCAAGGCGACAAAGGAAGAGAAUCGAGCAACGGGUCUCCAGGUUUCACUAAACGAGCUCGACGAAAAGUCGAAGGUCAUGCGAAAGGAAUUGGAGACUUUGAAGAAGAAGUCGACUGAAGAACGCACCAAGGCGAAGAAGGAGAAGGAUCGGGAUACUCAAACGAUUCGCCAACAGGCAAUCGAGAUCACCGAGAAAGAAACUGAAAGAGAUAAGGCACGCAAGGAAGUUGAAGAAGUCACCCGUCAAAAGGAGAAGUUCGAGAAGGACAAGAAGGCUGUUGCUGGACAAUUGGCCUCAAUGACCGAAAGAGCACGUGCAGCUGAAGUUGCUGUUAUGGAAUCAAAGUGGAAUAUUGCCAGCGAAGAGCUCAAGAAGAGAAGAGAGGCUAUCCAUCACGGAUUUACCGAAACUGAAACUCUUGCCAACCGCACCCGCCAAGUCAAUGAUCGUGAUGUCCUGCGGAAGUCUCUUGCUGAAUGGAAGGCUGCUCUGGACAAAAUAGAUGCCCAAAUCAAGUCUGUGAAAGCUGAGUAUGAUCAUGCUACUGAGCACAUCAAGAAUGGAGUCAAGACGCUUUCGCAAACUCUUGACAUCAAAGUUCCUGCUGCUGAUACCCUUCCAAAUCUUGUGAAGCCACCACCAGUCCAAGUUGUUGCUCCAUCCCCAUCCGUUCUUCCUCCACCAGUUCUCCCAACUCCAGCUGCCGGUGUUAUCGGACAACCACGAACUCCAGUUGCCACUCGACAACCAAGUGCUGUUGAAACACCAACCGCUGCUGCUACACCUUCUCGUGCAGCUCGUGUUUCCAGAGUUCCAUCUCCAAUUGGUCUCAAAACCAACCGCGCUGACGACACCUCGUCUUCAUUGUGGUCAUGGAACACAAUUGGUACCAUAGGCAAUCUCGGUGAUCUCCGUGAGCCAAGCCGCAGCGAGAGUUCGUUCAACCAGUCUAUGGAUUCUCUGCAAAGAGAUAUUUGGGCCGCCAAUGGAAACACUAGCGGUAGUCUUGGAUCCGACUUCCUGAGACUUUUGCAGGGACCAUCGGCUUCGAUGGGCAAUGGUAUGGUCUCCGGUGGAGCCCCUCCAACUGCCCCUUCAUACAUCCGAUCCGCUAGUCAGCCACAACAACCACAGCCGUCUGUGAAUAUGGGUCAGGGUGGUUAUCAGCAGUCCCAAAUGCAACACCAUCAUCAGAACCAACAACGGGUGCAACAACAGCAGCCACGUGGUUAUGGUGAUAUGUGGAAUGCUCAAACCAUGCAACAACAGAACUCCGGAAAUCAAGAGUACGGAGCUCGCAUGAUGGGAGGUCACAAUGGUGGCGGAGAUUUAUCGAACAGUCAAGGCGGCUACGCUCCAUGGCACAAUCCACCACAACAGCAACAGCAGAUGCGAGGACCUACUCCGCAACAACAACCAGCUGGUGGACACCAUAACAUGUUCCAGUCCCAUAACUUCUUCGACAAUGGAAUGUAA